GGCGGAGGCGCGAGCGAGCCUCCGCUGCCGGAGGGGCUGCCGCCGCCGCCAUCGCGGAGGAGGGAGAGGCGGUCGGCGGAGGAGGAGGCGCCGCCCUCGCCGAUGCUCGCGUGGGUGGACGACUUGCUCGACGACUCGGACCCGGCGGCCCUCCCUUCGCCUGCCGGGGAGGGCGGCGUGCCGGGCGGCGCCGCAGGCCGGCCGAAGGUUGCCCCUCCGCCCGCGUGGGGCUUGGCCGCCUCGUCCGCGGCGCCGCCGUCGAGCUUGCGGAUGGUCCAGAUCGAGAUGGAGAGCGCCGGCGCCGUGCAGGCGAUGGAGCUCGAGCUCGCGAAGAAGCGGCGCCGCGGCGGGGACAAGGACGCGCGGCAGGCGGGCGAGCGGACGCACAGGUCGCUCGCGCACGGCUCUCAGCCGGGGCAGCAGCAGGGCGUUCGCGGCAAGGGCGACGGCAAGGGCGACGGCAAGGGCGACGGCAAGGGCGACGGCCGGCAGCAAAAGGGGAAGGCGCAGCAGAAGGCGCUUGCGCCGCGACAGGCGCAGCAAGGCCGUGAGCCAAAGGAGCUGCAGAGGUCCGAGCCGAGACCGCAGAAGGAGCCGCGCGCGCAGGCCGGCGGGGGUCAGGCGCAGGCCACUCCGACCGACGCUCCCGGAGAGGGAGCGGGCAAGAGCCGGCGCGAGCAGGAGCGGGAGCGCAAGCGCAAGCAGAGCGAGGCGCGCGCCGCGGAGGGUGCGAAGGGCGCAAAGCCGAGCGAUGGCGCCACCAAGCUGCCCGAGUUCCUGCGGCUCGAUUUUGUCUCCUCGAGCGCCAUCGCUGUCCAGCUCGACUUCGAUGCCCUCGUCAACACAGCCCCCGCCCGCUUGCCGGCCGCCCACGCGCCAGCGACGCACCGCGGGCAGCACCGGCGCGGCGGCCGGCGGCCGCGAGGGGUGGCUUGACUACGAGAUGGUGGGAGCGGAGAGGGAGCGGCGGGUCGCGUGAGCAAGAGGCGUCGGGCCGCUCGGGCGUGCAGCUCCCCGCGGCCAUAUGUGCGUCGAUGCGGCGGUGCCAGUGCGAGCGGAACGGGAAAGGCGAGGGUUGGACCUCGUGGUUGUCAGCAAAGGCGUGGGGAAUACCGAGGUUAAUUGGGGGAACAUGGGGAACAUCUGCUUAUGGGAAAA